AUGACCGGUCGGUUUGAGCUGAAGUUCUGGCCAGCGACCACGAACUGUAUCAGCUGGUCCAAAGACAAUCUGAUCGCUGUGGCUGGCAGCGACUCGAUAGCGAUCCUCACACCCCGGCCCAAGGACGCUGGAAUCAACGGCACGCACUGGGACAAGACCAUCAUCACAGUCAAUGCCUUCACGGUAGAAGAGGUGCCACUUUCGGAUUUUGCUCUGCUGCUCAGCUUCAAGAACUUCUCAGUCGCAGAGGAGCAAUCACACCGCACUGUGCAAGCGCUCGCAUGGUCGGAUCCUGGGAUUGGCAAGUAUGGAAGAUCUGUACUAGCAGUACUCAGCUCUAAUCAUAUCCUAUCGCUGUGGGAGUGCAGCGGUAGGCUUAGCAAUGAUGCAGACUGGAAGCGAUCGGUGAUUGUGAACCACGCGUUGCGGAAGCACUACGCAUCCUUGCCCAAUCGUAAGAAUGAAACCGACAAGCAGUACAGUGAGCGACAGCAGGUCUCGCAGCGUGUGCGAGCGUUUACAUGGGCCGCGCCACCGGACAAGGGGCAGCCUUCCGACAAGACUGCUUCAUUCCUUGCCGUCUCAACAGAAGCAGAGGAGAUUGUGGUUCUCAAGGUCACAUCACCCUACAACAUCCUGAACCCCGACGUGAGAGAAUGGCGAGUAGACGUUACUGGCUCUUUCAGCUCCGCAAGUUCUGCUGUGGAUCAACUCAGAGCUCACGUAUACAACACGGAUGGGGUGGACGACAGCACACGCGCGCUGGCGGAAGCUACUCGAAUCGCUGAUCACAUUGCAUGGGGCUUGGGCAAGGGUGAUGAGCAGUCCGCCACGCAAUCUAAACUGGCCUUCAUCAGCAACGGUCGAUUAUAUUGUGUCACACCCGGAAAAAGGACCCGUGAUGGUGCUACUGAUCGGCACCGUCUACUACCAAACCGCUCAGAUCUGACUGGUCCGUUGAAAUUUCUUCCCCAUACAGAAUACCUGAUCGUCUUUGGCGCAGACACGGUGUUCUGUGUCGACACAGCUGCAGACCCGACGAGUCCGGCAAGCAGCACAUCACAUCAUCUGGACGGCCGAUGGGACGGAAUUUCGGGCAUGGCUCUCUCUGCAGUGGGAUCAGAUGCACCUCGGAUUCAUCUAGCAUCUAUGCUGUCUAGCUCAAGCGCCCCGACUACAGUCCUCCACCUGCCUCUGAACGCCAGCGAGACGUCUUCCAAACCAGCAUGGCAGACUGCACUCGUCAAGCUUAAGAAGGCAUUUGGGAAGCAACACAAGCUCGGCAACAAUGUGCUUGACCGAGUCUGGGGCCUGGCAGCCUCACCAAUGGGCGACCUUGUCGUUACGGCGACAGUGCUUUUGCCGUCGAACGCGAUCUCUUAUCUUGUGCCAUCUGAGCACCGGUCGAAAAUCAGCAUGACCAGAGAACAGCAAGCUGAUUCUGUCCUGCCAGCCUGUGGAGAGCAGACUCGACGGCACAUCACAUCUGCAACGCUGCUGUCCAGCCUCCAUGCGUAUGUAAAGCAAGCGACCGAGGCGACUGAAAGCGAUACUUUGAUUAAAGCGAUGCUUGAAGUCAUCGCUGCUCCAGCUGAGGUGAAUGGCACCGCCGCUGACAACGACACGACUAGCCCACGAAGCAGCCCAGCAGAAUGCGUCCGAUUUCUUCGCUUGCCGCUCACGAACACGCCUGAGGUCAGGGAGGCGAGGUGCAGGUUGCUUGCUGAUAUAGCCCUGAAGCAGCCGUACAACAUCAAUCACAUAGUCCAGCUGGUUGUCAAGCACCUCGUGGCGGAAGUCCUCAAGAUACCUGCUGUGUACGGUCAAGCCGGCGAGCUCAGCAGGAAGAUCCACUUCCUAUACAACUUGCUGAGCUUCCGACUACGACUCCACUCCAAUGAAUCGUCAGAUGGCGACGAUGUCCCGGCUUUCCGGGAAGAGUGCGUCAUCUGCAACGAAGCCAUCCCUUUCGAGAGUAUCAAGUGGGCUCGAUGUGAUGGUGGUCACCGGUUCGACCGAUGUGGUCUGACGUUUCUUGCUAUUCACGCACCUGGUAUAUCGAAGAGCUGCAGCAUCUGCGCGACGGCAUUUUUCGACGAGUGGUCGUUGCUUGCGAUUGCUCAAAAGGCUGACGAAGAUGUUGUCGUGACUGAGGUGGAAGGGGAACAGUCGCUGCUUGGGAACCAAGAGGGUACGCAGAACGACGAAGCUCGAUCAACACAGCAGAGCAGCGGAACUGAACCAGGAGACCAGAGUUGGGUCGAGGUAUCACAGCCGUCCACAGAGCCAGCAGAAUCGCUCGCACGCAUUUUGUUCGCUGCUUUUGACAAGUGCGUCUACUGUGGCGGCGACUUCUAG